ACUAUCAUGACAGAAUCAGGCUCAUUCCUCUUCUUUUCGCAAAGCAUUCUGGCGCAGCGCUUGCAGAGUGCACUAGCGGCCUUUCCUAGCUUGUCCUGUCUUUCUUCACUAAGCCGUGCCUGUACUAGCUACCUCAAGGACCACACAUACUUCUUUCUCGCAAUCUAGAAGCGACUCUCAGAGUUUUGGAAGAGGCAUUUGUCACACAGGCUUUGGUUGCUCGUGAAUGUAAUUUUUAGACCUGUCCGCCUGAAUUGGAAAUUACGAUUGGCUUUGUCGCCUGCUCGAGUUGUUUGCAAUAAUAAUGGCAAGCGAAGCUCGACUUCACGUAGGUGGACUCUCAGAAAACGUGGACGAAGCAGAAUUGAGCCAACACUUCUCUUCUCACGGCACCGUGAAGAACGUGUGCAUGGUGACGCGAGAAGGCCUACCUGGAACCAAAUUGAAGGUAUUCGCGUACGUCACACUCCAGAACACGCCGCAAGCUAUCAACAAUUGCAUAGCCAGCUUGAACAAGAAGAAAUGGAAUGGCAGCACUCUGACCGUUGCCAGAGCCAAGGAGUCUUACGUAGAGCGAAUCCAUCGACAGCAGGCUAAGGAAGAGAAGGCUGAAAAAGCCAAGAAAGCGGCUGCUGCUGCAGGUAUGACUAGUGGCUGGGCCCGCACAACGAAUGGUUGCCUCGUGCCGAACUUUCAAGAGCCGGCCAAGGCAAAGUCAUCUGCAGCCCGCACUACACGCCGCCUGUUCACGGACUCGGAUCUUGAGGCCGAUGUCGGCUACAGUAGCACGGUAACCUCGACGCCGCUGCAGUCUGAUGAUCCCUUGACAGGUGAACGCCAGCAGCACCACCAGCAGCACCACCACCAGCAUCACCAGUACCAGCAGCCAGCAUCAGCAUCAGCACAAGGGAGCAGAAGUAGCAAGCGUGGCAGGCCUGACGACUCUGACCCGUCUAGAGACUCCACUGCUGCUGCUGCUGUCAGGUCCUCACAGAGCAGCCUCGCUUCAGGUGGUAGUAGCCAGCGGGUGAAGUCGGGUGUUAAGCGUCACAGGCAGCAGGACUCAUCCAACAAGUCUAGUGACAGCAGCAGUGGUAGUGAUGGUAGCGACAGUGAAUCAGGCAAUGCAUCCUGGCUCACGACUUCCUCGCGGCUGCAGCGAGCAAGGCACAAUGACGAUGACGACAGCGACGACAAUGACUCCAGCUGGCUGUUUGCCCGGAAUGAUGCGGACGAUGCUGGCAGCAAAGCUGCGGGCACUGACGACAGCUGGUUGAGCCUGGGUGUUCAGCGUGCACACAUCACUCCUCCUCUUCCUACUACUACUACUACCGUCAGUGCCACUGGCAGUGGCUCUCAUAGCGGCAAGACACUUGCUAGUAAGCCCUCUGCACAGUCCAAUUCUAAAUCUGUGCGACCUAAGAAGAAGGUUGCGGACAGCAGCAGCGACAGCAGCAGCACUAGCAGUAGUGACAGCAGUAGCAGCAGUAGCGACAGCAGCAACAGCAGCAGCAGUAGCAACGGUAGCGACAGCAGCAGCAGUAGGGACAGCAGUGACAGCAGCAGCAGCGACAGCAGUAGCAGUAGCAGCAGUGGCAGCAAUGACGAUGACAACCCUAUCACCAAAUCCAAACGUCUGGUAAAACCUGAAGAAAUCACCUUGAGUAAGACAUCGACUCUAUCCAAGAAGUCUCAGUAUGUGGAAAGAGACCACGUGGCUGAUAAUGCCACGCGCCUUGCUGGUUUGAAUGCCAGGACAGAGGCAAUCUCCCAGGAAUCCCGCUUGAUCACGGAGUCCCUCAGGGCGGUAAAGUCCAAAUCGAUUAUCUUUUCGAGUGACAGCAGUGAUGAGGACAAGGGCGAGGAGGAAGAGGAGGAGGACAGCGAUUCGGGUCGAUUUGGCAUCAAGCCGCAGUUUGAGGGCAAGGCUGGAGCCAAGUUGCUGCGUCUCCAGCAGCGUGUCGGUGCUGAUGAGCGGUUCAAGAUCGACAGUCGCUUUGCAGAAUCGGAAAGUGAAGAUGAAGAAGACAACGCUACCAACAAGGAUGAGAUUGGUAAGCAGCUGGAUGAAGAGCGCGCACGCCACCUCUCGCUUGUCUCCAAGAUGCUUGGAAAGAGGAUGCACAGUCGCAAGCCACAGAUGACGAAUGCAGAGAUCAUGAAUAUUCCUUCCAAGAGAUAUGAUCCGAAUAGGCCGGAGUGUGCCGCUCUAGAACUCCCCGCGCGACCAGCGACUAAAAAGGCACCGAAUAUUAGCCUGGACAGAUUCGAUAACGACGAAGACAGCGAUGGUCUGCCAAGCCGUCACUCCAUCGCGGCAGCCAAGGCCGAUAUCUCACCGGCACCCAAGGUGUCCUCCGAGCGCUACUUCAAGUCGUCCGGCAAGCUCAAGGACCUGUUUAGCAAGACGGCUGCUACAGGCUCGUUCUCUUUCUCCUUUCCGGGCGGUGACGAUGCAGCUGCAGCUACUGGUGUUAAGGGUGACGAUACCAGGAAAAGCAGUGAUGACACACGGCACACGGGCUCCACUUUCAACAAAGGAUCUGAUGGUAAUCCAGUUAGUACUGCGACUGGCACACAACAUCAGCAGCGUCGACGCAAACCCAUGUGGAGGCCGGAUGCAGUGAGAGAUACCAGUGAUGAGGAGAGCGAUGAAGAUGUCGGUGCUGACGACAACUCCAGGCCGAUUGUCAAUGCUCCUGUUGAAGGCGAGAAGUUUCUCUUCACAAUGAUGAACAGCGAAGAUGCACUGGCGCAGCCCCAUGUGAAGGCCGCGCUGUCCAGAUUUAGACGGACUAACACGGUGGAAGAGAUAGAGGAGCAGUGGAAAGAGAACCGGCAUUUCUUGACCCAGAGUUACAAGCAGAAGCACAAGGAUGCCAUGCGUCAGCAGCGUCGACAGCAGCAUCGCUCCUCUGACCAGGCUGGUGGUGGGGGUGCAGGUACGCGCAAGCGAAAGCACCGUGCCUAAUCAUGGUGAUGUCUCGACUUGCUCCUUCAUUGAGCUGGCGUUACCUGUCAAGUUUCAUGACGUGCUUUACAGCACGGGUCAUACAGCCCUAAGAAAGGGACACCAUACCCGGAACCGGAGUCGGCCCUGAGAAAGGGACUACAUACCCUGAACUGGAGUCAUACAGCCCUAAAUCAGGGAUCGCAUACCCUGAUCCGGAACGGUGCGUACCAACCCUGGCGCUGGUGCCUUCAGAUCGGCCUUUACCCUGUCAUAUUGAGUGCCUGCUGCUUUUUCCUGAAACUGGGCAAGGAUGGCGGACCCACACCGUUAGCAGUCCUCCUCCCCCCUCUCCCUCCUCCCCC